GGGGGGAAUUCGACAGUAUCAACUUCUCGACCGAUCUCGUUUAUAACGACCUCAUCACGUCUACCAACAAACAGCUUCUUUUGCAAUGUCAGAGCCGGGUCGCUGAUGGAAAGUUCUUGAAUGUGAAGACCGUCCCCAGUCAUAUCUAUCCGCCUCAGGUACAAAGCAUAGUGGCAACAUAGCCGAACUCGGAGCACAGCCUAUCGGGCUGCAGGACGGAUCGGCCAUGUCGUCUGCUCCUGACGAUGUGCCUGCCGUGGCAGCGGCCGGCUCUAGCAGGAACAACAUUGCUAGCACCAUAAACGAAACAGCUUCGAAAGCAGCCUCAGCCUCAUCGGACACGUGUCUCUUGGCAGCAUCUCAUUCAGCCAAGCAGGCCGAGCGCGAAGCGACAGUGCUACGAGCGAGAGUUCGCGCGUUGCGCGAAAAGAAAAAGCGAGAGCUUGCUCUGGCUGCUGCUGCUACUGCUUUGCCUUCGGCCGAUGAAGGUGCUGUUACAGCAGCAUCAGAAACCGGCUUAGACCUGCUUUCUCCGCCACUUACUCCACAUGCUGCUGUAUCAGCAGGGUCAGAACCAAGCUCGCCCAGCGCUGCCUGUUUUGCGCUUUCGAACAGCUCGUUAAGCGAAACAUGUGCGGACUCCUCCUCAGCGCCCUACAGUAGCACACUUACCGAUAUUCCACAACUGCCGGGUAAGCUGCCACACGCCUCGAACACCGCUUCGCCGACACCACCGCAGCAGCAUGUCUGGCGCGGAUCAGCCACUCGAAGGCAGUCGCCGGGCCAGGCUGGUCUCGGGCUUGGGCUGGGAUUCGCGGGUGUUUGCGUGUCAAGCGCGUCGUUAGUUGAUCCAAGGCAUCUGACUUGGAUUGCUACGGAGGAAUACGAGGAUGAAAACGUGCACGAGCAAGAGCAAGGCUCGGGUUCCGACAUACUGGAGCCAGAAGACCGAGCCAAAGGAACACUGUGGACGAGACGAGAAAAUGCCGACAAGGAGGCUAACUCACCUUCUGCAGAUGAUGGUGGAACUGUUGAGUGGCAUGAUGCAGUGCAGCAGAGUCGAGGGGCAACCGCGCAACAGCAACAGUAUCAGUGCACCGCCUCCUCUUCGUCGCUUGCAGGUCCGAGUUCUAUACGCGGGAAAGGGCAGACUUCACAGUCGCAGCAACUGCAAGAGGCCGAGCAGGAGCGCCACAUGUACAAGCAAGGGUUGGAGGACCGGAGGCAUGGAAAGCAGGCAGCCAAUCUGUCCAUCGAUUACAUCAGCGCGACGCGCGACAAAUGCUCCAGCACCGAGCUCUCACGGAGGAGUAGAGAAGGCAGCACGAGCGACUCGACGAGCAUCGACGGCCCAGAUUCAGAGUAUGUUCUCUCAGAUGGCCUCAGUGCCUACUAUUCGAAGUGCGCCAAACCUACUGCAGGGGCAGCGAUGGGAGCAGGCACAGCCCGCCUGAAUGUGCUGGGGCAGAGCCCCUCGUCGCCUCGCUCGUCCAUCUCCUCCUUGGAUGUGCUUCGGCGGCAGUCGAUCCUCUCCAACUCGCGACGGACGGGCUCCAUGCUUUCAUCGCGACCGGGCUCAACCACAAGCCUGGCGUUGCCGUACACAAUGGAACCGCAUGGUACCAGUGGUGAGCAGCAGCUGCGCGCUUCCGUCAUGCUCGAGCAGCUCGAGCGUGAUCUAAGCAUGCAGCGCAGGAGCUGCAGUAUUGGCGGCGGCGGCAGUGGCGGCCCUCGACCCACAUCUACCAGCGUUUCGAAUGGGACGAGCAGCGCUCCCUCUCGGUCACCUGCACUGUUUCAGCUUGGUGCUGGUGCCGCAGGAGGCCUUACGAAUGCGGCGGAGUGGUACUCCACGCGUCCCAUAUCUCCAGUCGGACCGCCGCCGACGGACCCGCUGCCGCAGACCCCUGCUUUCAGCAGCGGUGCCGCCGAUCGGAGCUUGGAGACGCAGAGCAAGCGCAGCAGUCGCAGUCUCAGCAACAGCGGCAGUGGUCGAGGCAGCAUCAGCUCGCAGCGGCAGCCCUCGUUGCACUCAAAAAGCUCGAUGGCUAGUAUGCGCGCCGAGAGCAACGCCACGCCAUCGCCUUUCCUGGGCUCUUCGCCGCGCUCAUCCUUCUCGAGGUCUUCUCUGCAGAACGCCGAUGCACCACUCGCCGGCGCGCCCGCCUACCUUGCAUCCCAAUCUACGUCGCUGCAACUUCUCCCGCGUGAAGCGUUACUUACACCACCCUCCAUAAUGCCUCCCUUGCGCUCAAUCAAGGCAAUCAGCCGUGAAUAUCCCAGAGUGCGGCCGACGUCGACGGAGCUCAGCUCGGACGCCGAUGGGAGCGCACUUACCUUGCAUGCAACGGCUACGACACCGCGCCGCGAUCGUUCCUCGUCCGCUGUGUCAUCGCCCAGCUUGUACACAGCGGACGAGACGCCGCGGCGAGCGGACGCACAGGCGACACAUCACCGUCUAGGCUCAGACAGGAUAGACUAUGAUGAAGUAUCUUUGGAUGUCCUGCACCCUGCCCCAGAUGACAUGCCCAAGUUUGCCACUUCCAAGGGUCUCCUCUCACCCGAUGAGCACGAGCGACGCAGGCAGAGCUUGUUGCGGAAGAGCGUUGGUGGACUGAUGAGCGCUGUCGAUUUGGAUCUCGCUGGCUGGGGCGCCGAGGAGCUCACGGAGGAGUUGCAGGAGGAGCAGUUGAAAGAGGAGCACGAGAAGACGCAGGGAAUUACAUACUUCCACGACGACGGCGAUGCUGCUAGCGACAGCAAUGCAGAGCUAAGCAUUGCCAACUCGAUCGGCCACAGCACGUUGAGCUCGGUCGGCCACCAAGCCGGUGAUCAGCAUUCGCUAGGGCACCAGAGCGUAAUCAAUUCGCUUGGUCAUGCGACGCAUUCGUCGGCUGCGAGCACGGCUGGCCAUUCGUAUACAUCCCCCGUGUUUUCUUUUGGGUCCAAAAACAGCCCAUCGAUUAUAAUCAACGAAAUUGUCGAGACACCGCAGCCGCCGACGAGUAGCGCAAGUCUAUCUCCUCAUAAUUCGGUUCCACAAUCAUCUGCCGCCAGUUUCGUCAGCAGGACUUCCUUCGCAGAGAGUCAUUACAAAGAGGAAGAGGCGGAAAGCUCUGACGACUCCGUCGGCACGGCAACCCGCACACUGUCGGCUCCGAAGCCAAAGCAACGCUCGAAGAAGCAUAGGCAGUGGGGCUUCGAGGAGCAGAGAGCUUCAGCACCUUCGCGUGCGGCCAGCUCGUGCGGCCUUGCUCGACAGCAGCAACAGCCAAUAGUGGGACAAGUGUUCAACGAAUUUGGUGCCCAGCACCAACACGAGUCGGGUCAAGGCGGGGACCUCGAGCAGUUCAAGUACUACGAGUUCUCUCCUGAGUUGCCGCCUUUCGCUGCUGGAAUCAAGCCAAAGGACCUAACAGGCACUGGCACAUGGGCGGCGCUUGUCGCUAAGGCGGGCAGCCAGAAUGCAUGGGAGGCUCAUCGAAACAGCAUCGCUUCCCAGCAGAGUGUUGGGCCGGUGUCGAUGCGCCAGAUCGCUGCCGAGGCGCGUUGGAAGCAGGAGCAAGCACGACAGGACAAAGAGAGACAAAUGCAAAUGAUGUCCUCGAUGUCCUUGUCUCCCAUUGACCUCCUCCGACAUGCCGAAUCGCAUAUCUGCAUGCGCUCCGCCUACUCGGGCUCGCCGUCUGUGUACUCGAUGGACGCCACGUCGGCAAGAGGUUCGCUUCAUAGCGUCGAUGCUGGCUCCUUGUUCAGCAUGCCCUCUCCGCUUCGUGAAUCCCGCAGCUCGAUCUCUUUGUCGCUACAUACAGCAGAGACGGGCGUUGGUGACGAUCAUGUUGUCGGUCUAGGCAUCUCCCCCGUCUGUAGAGCGGAUAAGAUGUAUGCCGAGGUCUCGAUGCAGACCUCGCCCACGAACUCGCCUCCAGGCUCUCCAGAGCGCAAGAGCGUCGAGAUCGGCGCGGCUGACCAGGAGGUGUUGCGCAAGCAAGCAAGUGCGCUGAGCCAGCGUUCCCGCUCUCGCUCGCUCCUAGAGACAGAAGUCGAGCUCGCUCUGGAAUGCAAGUCAGGUGGCAGACGACCGCUGCCUCGAAGGAGCAGCACGAGUUUGUCCAAGUCGCAUGAGCUCCCUGCGAUGGAAUGGCCGCCAAAAAUCAAAGCGCCCCGUCUGUCCGUACGACGCAGCCUUUCCUCCCUCAACAGUCCCAUCUCGCCAAAGCCAUCCCAAGAAGCAUCACCGUAUAAGAGGUCUUUACUUGCUCAAUCGCUUUCACUUGAUUCUGAUGAAGACGACGCAGGCAGUGAAGAGUCUGACCUCGACGUUGGGGAGUCACUGGAGGUGCUUGCAAAGCGCUCUGGCAUCUUUGACAUUCCGGCUGCGUGCGGCGCCAAGCGCAAGCUCCGCGAGAAGAAGAAUGUACGGGAGAGUGGCACAGAGGGCUCGUCGGAGCUGCAGCCAUCUCGCGUCGUCAAGCCAAUCCGCAAGUCAUUAAUGCACGAACAGCAAUCCAAGGCCGCAGAUGCAUCCAGCUCCUAUUCAUCGAAUGCCGUUGUCUCGCUUUCCCCGCGGAUACCUGUGAGGACGAGCACGGGCAAUCAAACGCGGCGCUUUCAAGAGCGGGCGACAAGCCCUGACCUCUCGAUACUGGAUGAUGCAAACCCAGACCUCCUCGCCGACGAUCGAUGGUUUGAGGAAGAGUUGCAGGCUCAUUCCCCUGUGCUAGCCAGGCUCGAUGACGACUCGCCGCGUUCAAAACGGAUGGGUAUGUCCAUAACAGACAAUCCACAGCGCGGCUCACGGCUCAGCGCUGGACACAGCAUCGGCCAUUCCGUGGAGAUGCACGAGGUAUCCGACGUAUCGACAGCCGGCCACGGUCCAGUGCAAUUGGACCAGCUGAAUGAGCGCUUGAAGGGAGCUCGCUGGAGUAUUGAAAAGCUCAAGGUCGACACUUCCAUUGAACAGGGAUCGGACACGGAGUCUCUCGAGCAAGCAAACGCUGGUAUUGCCAAGUGGACAAGAGCGAAUGCCUCCGUGCUAGCGCCCUCUCAAGACGAGGAAAUCAAGCUUUCGGCAGCGGCUCCAGGUGGAUUAGAAGAUACAGCGAAGAAGUCAGAGGCUAAGGACAAUGUGGCCGUCGAAGAGACGUCGCCUGAAAGCGUUGCCACGCAAAUGGAGCAGACAAAUACAGCGGCUGCAAUUUGGGCUUCCGAAGUUUCCAACACCCCUUCACAGGCAGCGGUUGCUGGUAUAGAGCAAACAGACAAUGGUAUGGCCGAAGGACACAAUGAUAAACAGCAAACCCUGCGAACCAACCAUGGCUCCGACUUUACUGCAACCCCUGACACGAUGGCCGCCUCUGUGAUUUGGUCACACAGCGGAAGCGGGAGUAGGCGAGACAGCCGGUCGACCAUCGCAUCUAGCUAUUCGGAAGGUAGUUACACGAGCGCCCACAGCAAAGGCAAAGAAAGCGCAUCAAAGCCAACCUCCGAAGUGGGCCAUCGUGUCGAGCAGCGGACCGCUCUGCCUGCCAGCACUGCACCUGCAGGUGUCUCACAAUCGGAUUUGGCGCCCCGUGCUCUUACUUUGAAACCGAAAUUGUCCAUGUCGAGACUUCGUGCUCCGCAGAAAAUGCGGGUCGAGUGUGUUACAUCGCCCGUCCCCUUGCCAAAGCAGGAGCCAGGCAAGAGUAAUCAUGCUUCGGAGGCCAAGUGGAGUGGUGUAGAGGACAGCGCGGUGACCCCUCCGGCUGACAAGUCUGCGAGAGGAUCACAACUUCGAUUGCCCCAGCCAAAGGCUAGGUCUCGGUCAAAUUCAACCUCCUCAUUCAAGUCAACCGCUUCGACAAAGACGUCCCCAACGAAGCUUUUUUCUCAUGCUCAAUCAAGGAUCUCGUUGCCGAAGUCGAGUAUCAGCGAUACGAAGGGUGGGCUCAAGCGACCACAGAGUCCAAUGGAGCUGUCCACGGCUUCGAGUCGCGCUUCCAAUGGCAAUUCAGAUGAUCUAGCCCCUCCAGAGCAGCCAACAAGCAAGGAGGAGGCGGGUUCCUUCGUGAGGAGCGCACCAAAGCCAUCGCUGAAGAUGCGCCCCUCGAUGAGCUCGCUGCCCAAGCCAUCAACGCAGAUCCCAUUGACAGGGACAAUCCCUCGCCCCGCCGGCGCAGGACCUGGAUUACGGAAAAUGAAAAGCGCCGGAAUUCUGGACGCGAAGUCAUUCGUCCCGCCUCCUAUCUCUACGAUGCCGACGCUACACCGCAAGAAGAGCGCUUCGGGUCUGCGCGCCCCAACCACUCCAACCAGCAAUGGCAAGAUCAACGCCCUGCUCACGCCGGCUAUCAAGCCUGCGCUGCCUCGCUCGUCCCUCCCAGCACCCAACACGAAGUCUACUGGCUUAACGCGUCCGUCUGGUCUCCCCACACCUGCCAGAAGCUAAUAUUUGAAGCCACCGUAUCCACUUUUUCUUUAUCACACGACAUUUGUACAAUACUGCAAAGAUACCUC